GUGGCCAGUGAGAUGAGCCAGAACGAACCAGACCAGGGAGGCCAACGUGGGGUCAUCAUCAACACUGCCAGUGUGGCUGCCUUUGAGGGCCAGGUUGGACAAGCUGCAUACUCUGCUUCCAAGGGGGGCAUAGUGGGCAUGACCCUGCCCAUUGCUCGGGAUCUGGCUCCCCUGGGCAUCCGAGUGAUGACCAUUGCUCCAGGCCUGUUUGGCACCCCGCUGCUCACCACCCUCCCAGAAAAAGUGCGCAACUUCUUAGCCAGCCAGGUGCCCUUCCCCAGUCGACUGGGGGAUCCCGCUGAGUAUGCUCAUCUGGUACAAGCUAUCAUUGAGAACCCAUUCAUCAAUGGAGAGGUCAUCCGGCUGGAUGGGGCCAUUCGCAUGCAGCCUUGAAGGGAGAGGGCAGAGAAAACACACGUUCUUCAUUUCUUGCUUCCCUUGGAGUACUUUACAGCAACCUGGGAGGAAGUCCCACAGCCAUCUUGUAACUGCCUAGCUAUCACACCCCGUGCCUAAUAAAGUCUCUAUUUCUCA